CUCGGGACCCAGCAAAGACUCCAAUCUGGCUUUAGAAAUUCUGCUGUACAAAUCCUGGCUUUCCUUUGCAGACUUAUUACCCUGCUCUGCUCUACUCUACAUCUCUGCGCCUGGAGACACAUGCAAACUUUAAGUGUCAUCACACAGCGACACACACACACCUCUCCUGGAGUUCCUGCUGAACCAGAGGAGGAGGAAAGAGGCUGGAAGAAAUUGGCCUAAAGUCCUGCAGCCGCCUUCGAACUGCUGGGAUGAGGUGGUGGCUGGUGGUGGCCAGUCUGUGGCUGCUGGUGGCCUUGACCAUCCCUGAUGCUGAGGCCAGAAACCGACCACGAAACCAGAAUGGUGAGAUUCUUAGAGUGAGGAGGAGGAGGAAGGAUGGACAAGGUUUUGGCCGGGCUAGAACUAGACCUCUGAAGAUCAGACUGGUUCCUGGUCCCAGCAUCCCAGUGGUGCCUGUAGAAGGAAAUGCUCUUCUCCUACAACCCUAUAAGAACAUCCAAGAACAGCACGCCACCUACAACGUCAUCCCAGGUAAGCAGGGCCAGUGUGUGUACCAGGGUCUGACCAUGUUUGACCAAGCCGUCUGGUCCCCAAAGCCCUGUGUGACUUGUCUGUGUACCGGAGGGCGGGUGGUUUGUGAUGAGAGCACCUGUCCCGAAAUACACUGUCAUUUCCCCUUCACCCCUGCGGGCGAGUGCUGCCCUGUCUGCAUGGAGCCAGAACCUGACCUCAGCCUUGACAUUUCUGGUGACUCCCCAGUUCCCAAUGACCCCAGUGAUGUCGUGACUCCACUGACCCAAGAGGAGAUCCAGAAAAUCCUCUGGAGGGAGGCAGAGCAGCAUCGUGAGGAGGAAGAACGCGUGAAGAAGAAGGAGGAAGCGAGAAGAAAGAGAAGGAAGCAAAGGAAAGAGCAGGAGGAGAAACAGAGAAAGAUAGCUGAGGAGAUGAGAAAGCAGGAGGAGGAGGCACUGAGGCUGCAGGAAGAAAAGGAACUGGAGGAGUGGAGCAGGCAGGUAGAUGAGGAGCAAAAGAGAAGGCAGGAGGAAGAGGAAGAUAGGAGACAGAAGGAGGAAGCAGAGAGAGAAGCAAGAGAGAGGGAAAGGAAGCUAGAGGAGGAAAGGAAAAAGCAGGAGGAGAUGCUGAGGGAAGAACUUUUGGAUUUAGUUGAAAAGGAGAAAGAGCGGCACGAGGAAGAGAACGAGAGGUACGAGGAAGAGAUCGAGAGGCACGAGGAAGAGAACGAGAGGCGCGAGGAAGAGAUCGAGAGGCGCGAGGAAGAGAUCGAGAGGCGCGAGGAAGAGAUCGAGAGGCGCGAGGAAGAGAUCGAGAGGUGCGAGGAAGAGAUCGAGAGGUACGAGGAAGAGAUCGAGAGGUACGAGGAAGAGAUCGAGAGGCGCGAGGAAGAGAACGAGAGGCGCGAGGAAGAGAACGAGAGGCGCGAGGAAGAGAACGAGAGGUACGAGGAAGAGAUCGAGAGGCGCGAGGAAGAGAACGAGAGGCGCGAGGAAGAAAAGGAGGAGCAGGAGGAGGAGGUGUGGCUGAGAGGAGAUGUGUUUCAAAUGCUUCCAAAAGAGCCUGAAGAACCUGAGGAACCAGACCUCCUUCCUGCUCCGAUUCCAAGACCUCCAGUUGCUACAGAGGAGGAACAGGUAGAAACCAAAGAGACGGAAGAAGGGGAGGAUAGGGAGAUCAUAGUUGUAAACAGAGGAGGCCUUCCUCCAGGCUGUGACAUCUCUGACGUUACUGCCACAUGUGAGGAUGCCAAACUCACACACUUCCCUCCUCUGGCCAUUCCUGAGCUGAAAUCCCUCAGUCUGGAGGGCAACAGCAUCAGCCGCAUCCCAGCAGAUGCCUUUAAUGGAAUCCCUAACCUGGAGUGGAUCAACCUGAAGAAAAACAAACUUACUUCUGCUGGCAUUGAUGCUAAAGCCUUCAAAGGUCUGAAGAAGCUAACACGUCUGUAUUUGGAUGGAAACCUUUUAGACGUUGUGCCAUCUGACCUUCCCCCAACCCUGCAGGAGCUGAAGAUCAAUGAAAACAGAUUGAGAGGGAUAGAUGAAAACAGCUUCCAGGAUUUGAGCAGCCUGGUUAUUCUGGAGCUGGAAGGAAAUCUGCUGAGUGAGGGGAAUGUAGAUCCUCUGGCCUUCGCUCCCCUAAUCCAGCUUUCCUACCUCAGACUGGGGAGAAACCAUUUCCGUACUGUACCACAAGGCCUUCCCAAGUCAUUGCUGGAACUCUAUUUGGAGAACAACCUUAUUGAAGAAAUCUCAGAGACCGUUUUCAAUCAGACCAGCAAUCUGAACAUAGUUUCUUUAAGACACAACAAACUGGAGGAGACCAGGAUUGCUCCACUGGCAUGGAUCAACCACAGAAAUUUGGAGUCCAUUGACCUUUCAUAUAAUAAGCUUUACAUGGUUCCUUCAUAUCUACCAAGAUCUCUAGUUCACUUGGUGCUCUUGGGAAACAAUAUUGAGAGGAUACCUGGUUACGUUUUUGCCCACAUGCAACCUGGUUUAGAGUACCUCUACCUCUCCUACAACAAACUGGAUGGAGAAGGGACUGAACCCGAGUCGUUCUUUGGGGCCUACCACUCCCUGGUAGAACUGUGUUUGGACCACAACCAGCUGGUUGUUGUGCCAUCUGGCAUCAACGAAAUGACCAACUUACACUUCCUCAGACUCGACAAUAACAUGAUCAGGAGUAUUCCUGAUGAAGCCAUCUGUGACCCAAACCGCAGCGGGGACUCCACCUUGGUGGCUGUAAGAUUGGAAAACAACUACAUCGACCCACAAAAAAUCUCACCAAUGGCCUUUUCAUGUGUAAGAUCUGCAUCAAGUGUGGUCUUAAAACCCCAGAAAACCAAGUGAACACACAUAAACAAAAUAAAAAACUGAGAGACAGUGGACUUUAAUCUGCCAAAAGAAGACAAAAUCUCCUUUCAUCAUUUUUUUCUGUUACUAAUAUCAUACAAAUAAUAUAAUACGAAUAAACCUAAAAAAUUACUAGAAAACGCAUUAGUCUGAUGUCAAAAUCUGACACACAUUCAAACAUGGUUACUGUUGUAUGGUAAGAUGCUAUUUGAACAUUUUCUACAACUUUAGACCAAACACAUGGUUUGGUAUCUGGUAAGCUGUCCUGCUCUGUCACUUGGCCUUAAACUGGUGUGAAAGUGACAGAACACAUCUGUCCACUCUCAGAAAAUCUUCUUCUACUUUUGGCUGGUCCCUCUAGAGGGUCGCCGCUGUGGAUCACUGUGUAAAAGGGAAGGAAUUCACAGUAAAAUGAAAAUCCUAAUAAAGAAAUGGAAAGAAUUCUAUGAAGUGCGACUGCAAGCACAGCGCAUUAUUUUUAACAACCUCAGCACCUUCAUGUUUCAUUUCUCAGCAGCAAUUCUUCCACUGUUUGUUUUCAUAAAAACCCUGACAUGGAAAGCUCACACGUGACACAUCCCCUAAGAUGAUUGUGUUAAACCAAGUGCUGCUGGAGCCAAUUCCUCAAACAGAUCGAGAUGAGAUGUAAUGACAUGCCUGUUCCUCAACAUUUUAUCUUUAUCUUGCUUACGUGAAUGGACAGGGCAGUGACCUCCUCAAUUGUAGUUAAGUCUGAUUUAUGUUUGAUGCAAAAAUUAGGUGGGAGUCUUGCUAUUGCAUGUGUUAUGAUUUACAAUUCAGCAUCAUCAAGAUGAAUGCAUCAUAUGUGAUAUUGAGCUUUUGUUAUGGUAUAUCCUGCACAGCAACUGUUUCACUUCACUUUGUGGUUAAAAGAAUUCACAAUGAAUUCACAAUUCAUUACAAAGUUAUGACUGCAUCUGUAUCUGGGUUAACUUCUAUUUCUUCUUAUCCUGCUUUAUAUAGUAUGUGUCUUAACAUGGGUUUAUUUAAUCCCAGGUAGGAGCAGAGUAUGCUAAAGAACUUAUGGAGAUUAUGGCCAAACAUUUCUGACUUUAAUACUGCUGCAUGAAAAUAUCUUAUUUUUCUUACUGUAAAUUUGUACUUCUGUGUUUUCUUUUAACUGAAUCUUCUUCUUUCCCAGACAGAAACACACAAGACUUUUAGAUAAUUUAAACUCUUUUACUGUGCAUCAGCUUUCAAGCUGUGCAAAUUGUAAUAUAAUGUAUUACCACUGUGUACAUGAAAGGCUCGUUCUACCCUAACGUUGCUUUGAAAAGCUCUCACUAGAGGUCCAAAACACUCAACAAUUUACUUUAGAUUUUUAAUUUUUUUCCCCACAAAUUUAAGAUAUAUUUGAAGAUUAUAUCCUUUCAUUUGCUCUUGGCUGGCCAACAUGCUUAAAUUAUAUGAAGUUGGUGAGUAUAUUUUACAGUUUAGCACAAUGUUAUGAUGCACGGAAAAAAUAAACUUUAAGUUACCAUUCCUGUCUGAGUGAAGUCUGCCUAAACCUAGUACCCUCACACACCCAAAUAAGUUAGAUUAUAUUGCACUGGAUCCCCUGAUCAUUUACACAGCCUGCCUGUCCAGGACAUUUAGGAGUAUAUUCAUGUUAUCAAAUUAACAGCUUGGGCUUCAGGGAAAAAGUGGAGCCAUGAUGACUUUUACAGAAUAAGAAAAAAAAUUUAGUUAACCUUCCAUUACAUGUCUUUUAGCUAUAUGUAAUACAUAUUUACUGAAAGCUGCAAUUAACAGAGCUGAAAAGCCAACCAAUUCAUAAUAUUUUCCUCUACAAGCCUGAGGUUUAGGAUCAUUUACUUCAGUCACAGACAUCGAAAGGAUGAUUGAAACAGAAAAAAACCUAAACUGUGAGGAGCAUAAAACCACAGCUUCUUUAAUGGUAAAAAACCUGAAAAUAUUAGAUAAUUAUAUGGGGACUAAAAUUAAUUUGAAUGAAUAAAAGCAAUAAAACAAAGAAUCACAAAUGUGUGGUCAGUUUUCUAGAUGCCGGCAGUUGUCAUCUGACUGAACCUGGAGCUGGAAAACUUUCCUCCCUUGAACUAAAGCUGAGAUGAAAGUUUUUCCUGAGGGAGUUCUCCUCUGCCAACAUAAACAGCUGCUCUGUUCAUCAGUCUUGCAUAUCAAACACGUGAGUGAGCAAUCAUAUACUCAUUAGUCAUGUGACCUCAUCCAUGCUCCUCAGGAUGAGGAGAUGUAACUGAAAAAGUAAACUGUAAAGUCAUUCCCAUGUACUCAGACAUUUUAUCAGGCACAAAAGAUCAGUACGGAGGUGGAACUCAAUUCAUCUGAUUUCUGUGAUAUAAAAAUGGAAAAAAAUGAAAUUAAAAGGAAAAUGAAGCAG